AUGGCGGAAAUCUUAGAUAUUCAAAAACCAAUAAUCUUCGAUGAAUCAGUUUCUCACUAUGAAGUUCAUUCUCAUUUACCAUAUACAUCAUCAUCAUUAAAUAAUAGUGAUGAAAUCAGAAUCAGUAUUCAACAUCAAGAUCUGUGUAUUUUACCAAGCAAAAGUUCAUUACACAUCUGUGGGAGAUUUGUUAAAGAAGAUAACGCAGCUGUAACAGAAUCUAUGGAAUUAGUCAACAUGGCUAUUUGUCAUAUGUUUGAGGAGAUACGCUAUGAACUGAAUGCUGUAGAGAUUGAUAGAUGUAAAAAUUUUGGUAUUACAAGCCUUAUGAAAAAUUAUGUAUCGCAGAGUCCAGGACGGGGAAAUAUUAUGGAGAACGCGGGUUGGCUAACACAAGCAGCUAAUAAAUUAACCGAUGCUGAUGGUUAUUUUGAUAUAUCUAUACCGCUAAGUUUCAUAUUUGGAUUCGCUGAAGAUUACAAUCGCAUUAUUAUUAAUGCUAAACAUGAAUUGAUACUUAUAAGAUCAUAUGCUGAUACAAAUGCGUACAUUCAUAAGCCUGCAAAUGCUCAAGCUGUUGCCGAUAAAGUAAAAAUUGUGCUCAAUAAAGUGGAGUGGAACGUUCCAUACAUCACCAUGUCUGAUAAGCAGAAAAUUCAAACAUUAAACUUCAUCUCUCAUGAUCCAGCGAUCCCAUUGAGUUUCCGAACCUGGCAAUUAUAUGAGUACCCACUGCUACCAAAAACUAACAAGCAUGUUUGGCCAAUUAAGACUUCUACUCAGCUGGAAAAACCACGAUACGUAAUUUUAGGAUUUCAAACCGCAAGAAAAAACGUUGCAACAAAAGAUGCAAGCAAAUUCGAUCAUUGUAAUAUUAGAGAUGUGAAGCUAUUUCUUAAUUCUCAGAGUUAUCCUUAUGGAAAUUUAAAUCUCAACAUAAGUAGAAAUCAAUUUUAA